CUACAUUAUAGUUGCAAUUGAUACUGGUGGUGCUCUUACCAUUUUCCUGGAUCAUAUAUCAUAUUAUUAUCAUUCAUUUUAUAUUGUAAAUGUAUCUCUCCUUGAUCAUCGCUCUUUUUUUGUUUUCCUACUUGUUGGAGACUUAAGAAGGCUCUAAUAUUGUUUAGAAAUACCCAGAGAUUUAAGACACAUGAGAUUCUGAGAUGUAUAACAUGUAAUAUUUGGAAGAAUGUAUGUCUUCUUCUUCGUCGUUUCUUCUUUCCUAUCCAUGGGAGCAUAAGUACAGACAUGAAUCCAUGUUGUGUGGUCUUGCAAAAGUACACACAACCCUACAACUUCUCAGACAAGGUGUGGGUGAAAAAGGUAGUGACAAAGUUGACCUGUCUUCUAAUUUAGCAACAUAACUAUCUCUUUUGAAAGAGAGAGCAUUUUGUGUAAUUCACGUAACACCAGACCCAAACCUUUCCCUCUCUCUACCCAUACUUUCGAUUCAGGAUAUUUUACUCUUGCACUACACUGUUCUUUCACAAACAACACAGAGCAUUGAUUGAAGUACCGGCUGAUAUUUUUUCUGGCAGAGUUCACUGAGUGGAGGGAGAUAUGUAUUUUUGUGAUUUUGUGCAUCAGAAGCAUUGAAGUACCGGCUGGCUCGGUUGGGUUACAAAAUCUGAACUAAAUCUCUCUGUGACAUAACGAAGCAUCAGGCAAUGGACCCAAACACACCUGCAGACUUCUUCCAAGGAUCUUCCAAGUUUCACACAUAUUACUCACAUACCAAGAAGGGUGGUGGGGUAAUCGAUCUAGGUCUCAGCCUUAGGACCAUACAACAUGAAACUUACCUCCCAUCGGGACAAAUGAUAGGUGUUGACGGGUAUGGAGAUCUCAUAGACUGGUCGCAGACCAGAUAUAGCAGCAAUACACAGCUGAAGAGUGAGGAAACUAGAAACCGAAGACUUUCUGAAGAAUAUUACAAUGAUGAAAAAGAGAGCAGAAGAAAAUUGAAUUAUGUAAAGGUAAAUCUAGAUGGCCUAGUGGUGGGCCGCAAGGUUUGCCUUCUUAGUCAAGGAAAUUACUCAACUCUUGCUCUUCAGCUUGACGAUAUGUUUGGGAUGCAGACCACCGUGUCAGGACUGAGGCUGUUCCAGACUGAGUCUGAGUUCUCUUUGGUCUACAGAGACAUGGAAGGUAUCUGGAGGAAUGUUGGGGACGUUCCAUGGAAGUAAGCUCUUCCACUUUCUCUAUACAAUUUUUUUAGUAAAUCACUUUUGUAAUUUGCCUGAAACUCAAUAGAGAGUUUGUCGAAAGCGUGGAUCGGAUGAGAAUUGCAAGAAGAAACCAUGUUCUUCCUCCCUUUUAAGCUUUUUAAGUCGAAGCUUCU